AUGAAGGAGACUAUGUCAGCAUCAACUUGGGCAUUGGUAUGUGAGAAGCGCACGUGGAGGAAAACUCUGGCGGAGUACAACAGGAUUCAGCGCACCACUAUCAUGGAGUAUGUCUUUGGAAGAUGGAAGAGGAGUAGAGCGCAGGUGAACACUGAAGUCAACAACCUGUUGGCAGCGCAGGACAAGCUCAUCGCUAAAGCCCUGUGGAACUUCCAGCAAUUGGGGAGGAGUGUCACGAGAUCUAUGCGAUCAGAUGACAAGAACUUCUUUGCAGGACUUCUACAAGAUGGGGCUGAGUUCCUUGCGCCAACCCAAGUCAAAAAGCUCUGGGCAGUGAUCAGGCGGUCGAUCCCCAAAUUCCAAGUUAGACGCAGUGGAUAUGACCCUCACGCCCUGGGUUUUCUUGAUCAAUCAUGCUUGGAUCAUUUCCGUCAACUGGAACUCGGCGUUGAUGAGACGCCGGAUGACCUGGCGACCCAAUGCAUCGCUCACCAACAGGCUGAACAACCUGGAGAGGACAUUGUCAGCCUCAUGGCGAGCCUACAUCUACAGCCAGUGAUGGUGAUCUGGUCAGAUGACCUGGCAGUUCCAAUUGCAACCUUGACAGCCUCUUCUUUGUUGCCCAGACUUGCUGAUCUAGCUGCUGAAGUCACGCGACAAUUCAAGAGAAGGGGAUUUACUGUCAACUUCACCCCUGGCAAGACGAGCGCUGUGGUUUCCUUUGUGGGUAGAGAUGCUCCUGCACUUCGAAGGCAACACCUGCUAGGGCCCACUGCAGGAAUUGCUAUUGCGGUAGAUGCUGACCAAACCGCCUGGCUCAGUUUUACCAAUACUUACAAACAUUUGGGUGCACAGUUCGCGGCUAGCCAUUCAUGCGAGCCUGAGCUGCGCCAACGAGUCGGCAUGUCAAAGGCGACCUUCAGCAAGCUGUCUCGAAUGGUGCUGUGCAACCGUCAUUUUCCAGUCCAACUUCGGAUCCAAUUCCUGCAAUCACUGGUGUUCUCUAAGCUUUUCUAUGGAUUAGGCUCCUGGGAUACACCUUCUGGACGCCAGAUGCAGCGCCUGCGUACUACAUACCAUGGGAUGCUGAGGAAGACUCUACGCCUUGCAGCUGAUGAACAAGUCACGACACAGCAGCUCCUGACUCGAGCCAGAGUGGUGGAUGUUCGUGCGAGAAUAGCAAUUGACAGACUGGCUUAUGCGAGAAGGGUUUUUCAGGUUGGCCCAGCUGAACUACAGCAGAUUCUCCACAUCGAGCAGCAAUGCUGUCCUUCAUCUUGGAUCUCAGCACUUCGUGCAGAUCUUGACUGGCUUGAUGCACUUGUUCCAGGAGUGCUCCCAGCUCGACCGGAGGGAGACCUCACGGAUAUGAUCGAUUUCUGGCAACGUGAGGCUGUCCCGUGGAAGGGCUUGCUGAAACGGGGUCUCAAACGACAUCGAUUGCAGGAAGAGAUCAUGAUGGAGGUCCACAUCGCACAUCGCAGUUCGCUGUCGAUUCUUCGAGCAGGAGGAGCAACUUUUUCCCCUGAUGAGCCUCAAGUUUUUGGAGGAGAUCGCGCGGAGGAUGCAAACGCAAAACAUGUCAUGACGAUGAUGCAGAGCAGCUAUGACUGGCACAGCUUGACCAAAGGUAUUCUGGUCUUGAAAGAGGAAUGGCGCUUUGUUCUACCGCACGUUCCCCUAGCUGAUAAGGACAUUGCUUCAGUGUCCACUCCGCUUCGUCCCCGCAAAAAAGGAGGAGCUACCGCAGAAACUCCAGUGCAGAGAUAUUUAGACUACAUUGAGGCCGGAGGACUGCCCAGCCCAGUGUCCUCCUUCGACAGCCAGCCGACCCGCAAGUUCAAAGAUUGGUUUCGGAAGGAGGAUCGCAUAUCUGACGAUGAAGAGAUGCCUGUUUCCAACAACGUAAAUCCUGUCAGUGCUCGUCUCCGAGGCAUGGAAGAGAGAUCUCGUGCUCCACGAUCCUUCAAGUUUGGCAACUGUCCACGUCACGGAACAGCUCUUCGACCUCACAUUUGGAGUGCCCGAUCAAAAAAGGCUGGUCGAGGCGCCCUCGUGUGCUCAAAGUUUUGGAAAAGAGAUGAGAUGGGCAACCGCCCCGCUUGUUGGUAUUUCAAAGAAGUGUCAGUUGCGGAAGCUCAGGAAUGGCCCAGAUUCUAUCACAAACAACAUGAGUCCCUGCAAAAUCGUUUCUUGCGCGGUGGCCGAGAGGAUUGA